UCGUGGUGGACGUCCUGGGCAACCUGCUGGUCAUCCUGUCCGUGUGGCGCAACAAGAAGCUGCGGAACGCGGGGAACAUUUUCGUGGUGAGCCUCGCCGUCGCAGACCUGGUGGUGGCCGUGUACCCCUACCCCUUGGUGCUCACGUCUAUCCUCAACGACGGCUGGAACCUGGGGCACCUGCACUGCCAGGUCAGCGGCUUCCUCAUGGGCCUGAGCGUCAUCGGCUCCAUCUUCAACAUCACCGGCAUCGCCAUCAACCGCUACUGCUACAUCUGCCACAGCCUCCGCUACGACAGGCUGUUCAGCAACCGCAACUCGCUGUGCUGCGUGCUGCUCAUCUGGGUCCUGACGCUCGCGGCCAUCGCGCCCAACCUGCGCGUGGGGACCCUGCGGUACGACCCCCGCAUCUACUCCUGCACCUUCGCGCAGUCCGUCAGCUCGGCCUACACCAUCGCCGUGGUGGUUUUCCACUUCAUCGUCCCCAUGCUCGUGGUCCUCUUCUGCUACCUGAGAAUCUGGGUCCUGGUCCUUCAGGUCCGACGGAGGGUCAAACCCGACGACAAGCCCAGACUGAAGCCGCAGGACCUCAGGAACUUUGUCACCAUGUUCGUGGUGUUUGUGCUUUUUGCCAUUUGCUGGGCUCCUCUCAACCUAAUUGGCCUCGCCGUGGCCUCGGACCCUGCCAGCAUGGUGCCCAGGAUCCCAGAGUGGCUGUUCGUGGCCAGUUACUAUAUGGCCUAUUUCAACAGCUGCCUCAAUGCCAUCAUUUAUGGACUCCUGAACCAAAAUUUCCGGAAGGAGUACAGGAGAAUCCUGGUGUCCCUCUGCACAGCCAAGAUGUUCUUCGUGGACAGCACUAACGACGGGGCAGGCAGGGCCAAGUGCAGGCCCUCUCCACUAAUGACCAACAAUAACCUCAUAAAGGUGGACUCCGUCUAAAAAAACCC